AUGCGGCCAUUCAACCCGUUCAGUCUCAAAGUCACCGCCGACGAGAUAAGGAAUUUCAUGCGAUUUGAGUUUCCAUACGUACCGGAGGCUGAAUCUGGCGCGACAAAAAAGGAACUUCAAAAAUUGGCGCAGAAGUGGAUCAAGUUUCAUGAACAAGCGGAAUCUUCGAAACACGGUCAAAGAAGCAGCAAAGAACCGAUCGACACCAAGCCUGUUCUUAAGACCAAGUGUACCAAUACUGACAACGUGCCGAUGCAGUCCAGCUCCAAGCAAGGCAUCCAGAAACCCUCGCGAUCACAACCAACCACAAGUGCAGGUGUCCCAGCCUCUCCGCCUCCUUCGACUGCUCCCAAAGGAACUUUGCUUAAAAAUGAGCCGAACGUGGGUAAGGGUCUUUCGGAAAGACGCAGCUUAUCCAAUGAGAAUAUCAAGCACUCGAAGCAAUCUCAAGUACAGCCACCCUUGGCUAGCUCAACUACAAGUCACAAAAAGAAGCCGGCCGCCCGCAAACUCAGCACCCGAAAAUCAGAACCUAUUGUAGCUGCCCAAUCUUUGGACCCAUCUCCCAAAAACACCAGCGUCCCCAAAUGUUCUGUCAAAACAGAGUCUGCUCCCAGUCCCAGCUCAUCUGCAUCCUCCUGCAAACGCGAUAUGGAUGAAGCUUUUGGAGAUACACACAAAAAUACUCCUGAUGCGCUGUAUGACAAUGAAGAUACAGCCGAGGCUUUCAAGAAGGAGAAUGCCAGCUCCUCUAACAAGAGGCCGAAAGCAGUCUUGGCGCAGGCAAGGUCACCGAUACAAAAGAAGUCCCGGGCUACGACUUCUGCGACCAAAGACCCAAUCGUUCAAAAACCAAAACAACGCCGACAAAUAGAUUUCUCUGAUAGCAGCUCACUGACUUCGUUAGAUACACUUGAGGGUUCUUCUGCUCCGGAACAGGAUCCCAAAAAGCAAACCCUGAAGGCUGAGAAUGUUUCCAUCUCCAAAGCAAAAAAAACGCCCGUUGCCGCCAAGUCUAACCCCGCCGCAACCACCGCGCCCAAAACUACGGCUAACAACGCAGAAUCUUCCAAACAAAAGAACUCCGUUGGUGUGUAG